AAUUUGAUAAUUGGUGACGUCGUGGUAAUCUCGACCAGUUUAUGUUACUAUCAGCUGUUCUUGUCUUACUUUGCAGCUUGUGACCAAAAACACCAAGGGGGAGAUUUUUACUGAAUCAAGACACUGUAGACCUCGCAAGAUGAGAUUGGUGAUUUUGGACAAUUAUGACAAAGUCAGUGAAUGGUCAGCUAAAUACAUUAGAAGAAGGAUUCUGGACUUCAAUCCUGGACCCGACAGGCUUUUCACGUUGGGAUUACCUACAGGAAGUACACCACUGGGGACCUAUAAAAAAUUGAUAGAAUUCUACAAGGCUGGAGCACUGAGCUUUAAGUAUGUCAAGACAUUCAACAUGGACGAAUAUGUGGGACUUCCUAGAGAUCACCCCGAGAGUUACCACUCAUUCAUGUGGAACAAUUUCUUCAAACACAUCGACAUUAAACCAGAAAAUGCCCACAUUCUAGAUGGCAAUGCCAGUGAUGUCACCAAGGAAUGCGAGGAAUUUGAGAGGAAGAUCACUGAGGCGGGGGGCAUCGAGUUGUUUGUUGGGGGAAUUGGUCCGGACGGACACAUUGCUUUCAACGAGCCAGGGUCCAGUCUUGUGUCGAGGACAAGGAUAAAGACCCUCAAUAAGGACACCAUUUUGGCCAAUGCUCGCUUCUUUGACGGUGAUCUGUCCAAAGUUCCCAAGCAGGCUCUGACCGUUGGCGUGGGAACCGUGAUGGAUGCCAGGGAGGUGAUGAUUUUGAUAACAGGGGCGCACAAAGCGUUGGCCCUCCACAAGGCCAUAGAGGAGGGGGUGUGUCACAUGUGGACAGUCUCCGCCUUCCAGCAGCACCCCCGAUCAAUCUUUGUCUGUGACGAGGAUGCGACCCUGGAACUCAAGGUCAAAACGGUCAGAUACUUCACUGACCUGAUGACCAUUCACAACCGUCUAGUGGAUGAUCCUGUGAAGGACAAGAUCUAGUCCAGCUGGACGUUUCGCGACAUCCAGACACUGGAGAAAUCCCCAGCACUGAAAGGCUGUAGAAACUGUCCUCUUUGGAUUAUGUGCUAGUUUUGCUGGAUUUUUAUUAUGUAUUGGUGCUGAACAUUUUUUUUUUUCAAAAAGAUGGGGUUUAGUUUUACUUUCAGAUUUGUUCUCCAUGCUUCCGAUGCUUAUACCUCAGGCUUUUAAACAUCUCUGUCAGUCCAUUCAUGCUUUGAAUUGUAAUUUGAUCAAUAUUUAGUCAAAACAUUUACUUCAAAUUUACAUUAUGAUGCAUUUACAGAAUUCUUUUUAAAAACUACAUGUAGAGUAGGCAUGGUUAGAUCUGUGUAUAUAAGACAGAUUAGCAGGGUAGGUUAAAGAAUGCUAGUAGCAGUGUAGGUUUAUGAAUGCUAAUUAAUAGCAGUGUAGGUUAAUGAAUGCUAAUUAAUAGCGGUGUAGGUUAAUGAAUGCUAAUAGCAGUGUAGGUUAAUGAAUGCUAAUAGCAGUGUAGGUUAAUGAAUGUUAAAUUCUUAUGAAAACAGAUUUGUUAUGGUGUGCACUUCUUUCAGAGAUUGCCUCUUUGUGAAACUUACAUGUAUUGGACAAGAUCUGAUAGACAGUGCCAGUAUUGCAUUUUCCUUUUCAAUUAUUUUAACUGUUUAUUAUCAUUUUGCUAUUUCCUUGAGACUGUAAUGAUAUAUUAUUGGAUUACUAUACUGACAAAUUUCAAGGAUGGAUUCAGAAUCGAUUUACAAUAACUUCUGAUGUCCUUCACCCCUCAGCAAUGGUUGGUAAUUCUCUGAACAGAAAUAGAUAUGAAGAUAAAAUUCUGCAAGGGGAAAUUUUGUAUUAAAAAAUCUUCUAGGGGGCAAUUUUGUAUCAAUAUCUCCACAUCUCUUUAAGUUUUCCUGUUUUCAUUAUGAUGCCAUUUGGAUAUUUAUUUUACAACUUUGAAAGCAUUAAAGGUGAUUUAUUGUUUAAGUUGAGUGUUUAAACCAACUGAAAGAAAAACUGGACUUUAUCAUGUCAGCUGAACAGGUAAACCCAGCUGCAAUAAUGUAGCCCUCUCCAAUUUUUUCCUUUUUUUGGGAACACCGAAAACGUCAGACUAAAAAUGAAUCAGAGUCAGAGUGCUACAUUAUUGCAGAUAAGGUAAACCUAAAAAGCCACCUAUUCAGUGUAUGAAGUUCAUAUAUUGGUCAUUUUAUUCCUCGGCAAACUAUGAUUUGAUUUGAUCAUGUUGAUUUUUAUACUCGUGAUUCAACACAAACAAAUGUUCAUAUUUGUUAUAAGAGUAGGCUAGAAUAUUAUUAACAUUCCAAAUUCCAUGUAUCAUACAACUGUGGUAUAGAAGAAAUAAAUUUGAGCUAUACGUA